GUGUCCCAGUCCACGUCAUCGCUGGUGGAUGUCACCCCGGCCAGUGGCACCGCGCGGCCCCGCACCCGCAAGAAGCUCAAGAUGCUCAGCAUCGCCAAGAAGGUCUCGGCCAGCUUCCUGCGCAUCCAGAAGGAGCCGCCCACGCUGCAGCUGAAGGAGCCGCCGCCCUCGGUGCUGGAGGCCGACCUGACCGAGUUCGACGUGGCCUCGUCUCACCUGCCCUCCGAGGUGCUCUACAUGCUCAAGAACGUCCGGGUGCUGGGGCACUUUGAGAAGCCGCUGUUCCUGGAGCUGUGCAAGCACAUGGUGUUCCAGCAGUGCCAGCAGGGCGAGGACGUGUUCCGCCCUGGCCAGCCCGACAGCAGCAUCUACGUCCUGCAGGAGGGCAAGCUGGAGCUGCUGCUCACCGAGGCGGACGGGAAGGAGACGGUGAUGAAGGAGGUGUUCCCUGGGGACAGCGUCCACAGCCUGCUCAGCAUCCUCGACGUCAUCACGGGCCACCAGCGGCCGUACCGCACGGUGUGUGCCCGCGCCGCCGAGGACUCCACGGUGCUGCGCCUGCCGGUCGAGGCCUUCUCAGCUGUCUUUGAGAAGUACCCCGAGAGCCUGGUCAGGGUGGUGCAGAUCAUCAUGGUGCGGCUGCAGCGCGUCACCUUCCUGGCCCUGCACAACUACCUGGGCUUGACCAACGAGCUCUUCAGCCACGACACGCAGCCCUUGCGGCUCUUCCCUCAGCCUGGCCACGCCGCCCGCACCAGCCCCGUCCGGCACAGCAAGCGCAACCUGGGCAGCACCGACGAGGGCCGGGACACUGCUGAGCUGAUGAAAGCCAAUGGCCUGGAGACACCAGCACCGCCACCGCUGCUGAGCCGCUGCAUCUCCAUGCCCGUGGACAUCUCUGGCAUCCAGAAGGCUCCGCGCUCCGACUUCGACAUGGCCUACGAGUGUCCCAGGAGCCCAAGGAGCGCAAGUCGGUGACGCUGGAGGAGCAGCCCUCGGGGGUCUACCACUACAGCUCCUAUGAGGAGGACACAGCCUCAGGGACAGGGAUGGGGCCAUGUCCCUUCGGGCCCUACCAGAGCCGCCAGACCAGCGACAUCUUCGAGGAGGCCAAGCGGGAGCUCAUCAAGCUCAUGAAGAUCGAGGACCCUUCUCUCCUCAACAACCGCGUCCUGCUCCACCAUGCCAAGGGCGGCACGGUCAUCGCCCGCCAGGGUGACCAGGACGUGAGCCUGCACUUUGUGCUCUGGGGGUGCCUGCACGUGUACCAGCGCAUGAUCGACAAGGAGGAGGACGUGUGCCUGUUCGUGACACAUCCUGGAGAGCUGGUGGGACAGCUGGCUGUGCUCACUGGAGAACCCCUCAUCUUCACCAUCAAGGCCAACCGUGACUGCACCUUCCUCAAGAUCUCCAAGUCUGACUUCUACGAGAUCAUGCGGGAGCAGCCCAGCGUGGUGCUGAGCGUAGCCCACACCGUGGCCGCCCGCAUGUCGCCCUUCGUGCGCCAGAUGGACUUUGCCAUCGACUGGAUGGCCGUGGAGGCCGGCCGGGCACUCUACAGGCAGGGGGACAAGUCGGACUGCACCUACAUCGUGCUCAACGGGCGGCUGCGCUCGGUCAUCCAGAAGGGCAGCGGCAAGAAGGAGCUGGUGGGCGAGUACGGCCGCGGUGACCUCGUGGGUGUGACCUCCUGAUGGACGGGGGGUACAUCAACAACCUGCCAGCCGACAUCGCGCGCAACAUGGGCGCCAAGACGGUGAUCGCCAUCGACGUGGGCAGCCAGGACGAGACCGACCUGUGCAACUACGGCGACUCCCUGUCCGGAUGGUGGUUGCUCUGGAAGCGCCUCAACCCCUGGGCCGAGAAGGUCAAGGUGCCGGACAUGGCGGAGAUCCAGUCGCGCCUGGCCUACGUGUCCUGCGUGCGGCAGCUCGAGGUGGUGAAGUCCAGCUCCUACUGUGAGUACAUCCGGCCACCCAUCGACCGUUUCAAGACCAUGGACUUCGGCAAGUUCGACGAGAUCUACGACGUGGGGUACCAGCACGGCAAGUUGGUGUUUGAGGGCUGGAGCCGCGGGGACAUCAUCGAGAAGAUGGUCCAGGACCGGCGCUCGGCCGACUUCUACGAGAGCAAACGCAUGGACCCCCAAUGUCCCCCCCCC